UUCUCCCACAGAUGUGAGAGUUGUGUGGAGCUGCUGUUUGUGAGAGGGGCUGGGAACUGCCACGAGUGUGACACCCCCCUGAGGAAGAGUAACUUCAGGGUACAGCUCUUUGAGGAUCCUGCUGUCGACAAGGAAGUGGAAAUCCGGAAGAAAGUGCUGAAAAUAUACAAUAAAAGAGAGGAAGACUUUCCCACUCUAGAUGAAUAUAAUGAUUUCUUGGAAGAAAUAGAAGAAAUUGUAUUUAACUUGACCAACAAUGUGGACUUGGAGAACACCAAAAAGAAAAUGGAGUUGUAUCAAAAGGAUAACAAAGAAGUCAUUCAGAAGAAUAAGUUAAAACUGACGCGGGAGCAGGAAGAGCUGGAGGAGGCUCUGGAGGUGGAGCGGCAGGAAAGCGAACAAAGGCGCCUGUUCAUGCAGAAGGAAGAGCAGCUACAACAGAUGAUAAAAAGGAAGAAUAAACAGGCACUCCUGGAUGAUCUGGAGAGCUCUGAUCUUCCUGCCUCUCUGCUCUUAGCUCAGCAUAAGGACAGAUCUACACAGAUAGAAAUGCAACUGGAAAAACCCAAACCUGUCAAACCAGUCACGUUUUCCACUGGCAUCAAAAUGGGUCAGCAUAUUUCAUUAGCUCCCAUUCAAAAGUUAGAGGAAACUUUGUAUGAAUAUCAGCCUCUGCAAGUGGAGACAUAUGGACCACAAGUUCCAGAGCCUGACAUGUUGGGAAGGCUGGGGUACCUCACCCACGUGCGAGCCGCCUCUCCGCAGGACCUGGCCGGGGGCUACACGUCCUCGCUGGCCUGUCACCGCGCCCUGCAGGACGCCUUCAGCGGGCUCUUCUGGCACCCCAGCUAGCCAGGGAGCCCCAGCCUGUGACCAAGGGACACCCAGCAGGGCGAGGAGCCAGCCCAGCCAGCAGAGGUGGGGCGGGAUCGCUGCCAUCCGGGCUGCACUCACUGCUCUCUGCACCCCUCUGGUGCAAAACCAGCUGCCUUCAAGUGUUAAAGGGAAAAAACAAACCCUGUCUGCACCAGAGCUUUGUGAAAUGGUCGAUACAUUCUUGUGGAGGCGGAAACUCGUUAGUCAUGUGGCACUUUGCUGAGGGAGGCUGAAGCAAUAAGCCACAUCUAAUGGAAGAUGUGAAUAACUCAGCUGUGUACGUUUGAGGCUUAAAGAAAUACACUUGUAAUUUUUUUUUUAAAUAAAGCCAGACUUUAAUAAAGUUUGUGGUUUUACUCUUAUUGCAGGGUUUUAUUUGCACAAGUAUUUAAAUGCCAUUUUGAUUAUAACAUUUAGUGUCAAUAUUCAAGCCUACAUUUUCUUCCCAUAAAACUAGUUUCCCCAGUUUAGACAAGUGGGUUUUUCCUCCUGCCAGCUGGAUGAGAUGAGAAACUCUAGAAUUAUGCUGACACAACUCUUGUGUGGGAUCCUUCCUCCAUGUGUCACUUGGUUCUUACCUUUGCUUGUAAAACAAAUCUUUAGCUCAAUGUCUUUCAGCUGAGGUGCUCCAGAAGCAAUCUAAGAAACCUCGAUACAAGGUCAAGUCAUUGAAGAAGUCAAAAUUGUGGGGUUCCUUUUUGUUUGUUUUGCUUUUCUAUGUUUGCUUUUUUCCUGUUUAUCUCCAUUUGCAACUUUUCUGUCAUAAAUUCAGGAGCUUCCUUUGGCCUCAGGGAUGAUCCCUGCCACCUGAUGUGAUCCUUUUUGUAUUCCUUGCCUGCUCCUUGUACUGGAACGUUGACCAACUGCAGGAGAUGGGAAGCUGCUCAGGACAGCCACCCUGGGCCAUGUUUUAGAGGCCCCCUGCUCACAGCUGUUGAAUCCUGCUCUGAGGAGUGCACUAGAUGGAUGUAUUUUUUGUAUGCUGUAAUAAAGAGAAGAAUGAGAUCUAUUCCAGACUUGGUGUUUUCUUAUUAAAGGAAACGGGGGGAGAUGGCAAAAUUUCCAUUGCCCUUUGAAAUCCCCUUGGUUGUGCCCAGAACAGCUGCUGACAAGGAAUGUUAUGGAAGGCAGAGGUGAGGAAGAGAUCAGAUCCUUCCCUCUUCUCCUCUCUCCCAGGCUCACCUAGACUGGCAAAGAUGCACCUCACCGAUGAUCUCUUUG